CCUGACUUCACCUGUCUGCUUUUAGUGUCCGGCGUUGUACUGCAUCGAGCCUAGACUGUUCCGCACUACGCGGCCUUUACGAUAUGUCUGCGCAAGUUGAACGCACUCCUCUAGCUGCUGCGGAUGAAAUACACGAAGAAGAAAGCUGUGGGCCUCUGUCCAUUCAGAAACUUGAGAGUGCCGGCAUCGCAGCCGCCGAUAUCAAGAAACUUCGAGAAGCGGGCUUUCACACUGUCGAGAGCAUCCAGUUCGUUCCAAAGAAGACCCUUUUGGCUAUUAAGGGCAUCAGCGAGGCCAAAGCAGACAAAAUAACCGAAGCCGCCCAGAAAUUGGUUCCUUUCGGAUUUACCACGGCAACUGAAUUCCACCAAAAGCGCUCGGAGAUUAUCCAGCUAACCACAGGAUCUAAAGAGCUAGAUAAGCUAUUGCAAGGUGGUAUUGAAACUGGUUCCAUUACCGAGUUAUUCGGAGAAUUUCGCACCGGGAAAACCCAAAUAUGCCAUACGCUCGCAGUGACAUGUCAGCUUCCCAUAGAUAUGGGCGGUGGAGAAGGCAAGUGUCUGUACAUCGACACAGAGGGAACAUUCCGUCCGGAACGAUUACUGGCUGCUGCCGAACGUUAUGGUCUUUCAGGAAGCGAUGUGUUAGAUAAUGUGGCCUACGCUCGCGCGUAUAACACUGACCAUCAGAUGGAAUUGCUGAUAAGCGCCGCUGCCAUGAUGAGCGAGUCUCGUUACGCUCUGCUGGUAGUCGACAGUGCGACCGCACUCUACCGAACCGAUUAUUCCGGUCGUGGCGAAUUGUCUGCGAGACAGAUGCACUUGGCUCGUUUCCUGCGAACUCUUCUCCGUCUAGCUGACGAAUUUGGUGUUGCAGUAGUCAUCACGAAUCAGGUGGUAGCUCAAGUGGAUGGCGCCGCAAUGUUCUCCGCAGAUCCGAAGAAACCCAUCGGUGGGAACAUUAUGGGGCACGCCUCGACCACACGUCUCUAUCUACGCAAAGGUCGGGGUGAGACCAGAAUUUGCAAGAUUUACGAUAGCCCGUGUUUGCCUGAGGCGGAGGCAAUGUACGCUAUACUGCCGGACGGGAUCGGAGAUGCUAAGGAUUGAGCACAUACUCAUUCCUUUCUAAUUGAAACUGUUCCUCGCUUUGCCAAGUCGUUGCGUUACAAAACGUUCGAUGCAAUCGGUGUGCACCUCUAUCCAAUCUCCAAACACUCGUUCACUUCCCGUUUUGUUGUAAAUACACACUCUCACGAAAAGUUUCACCUGUACUGUACUCGUGUGAUGAAUGUAUUUUGCUUUUUCACAAUUCUGUACCAUUAAAUCUUUUUACAUC